AUGGAGAAGAUCUCCACGGCCACCAUGGACUUCCCUUUGGUGCUCAGAUUAAUACCCAAGAAUUACCAGCACUUCAAGACCUUGGUAUUUGCAGUUACGGAGGCCAACAAGGAUUUAGUUCUCCUCCCCAACAUCACAUUUGGCUUUCACAUCUAUGACAAUUGCCAGGUUGAGAUGAGAGUUUCCUUAUUCAGCCUUUCUCUGCUCUCCACAAGAGGCCAUACGGUUCCAGGUUAUAAAUGUGACAGGCAGGACCGUCUGCUCUCUGUCAUCGGAGGUCUCAACCCCAAAUCCUCAAGGCUGAUGGCCUCCAUCUUCAGCAUCUUCAAAGUCCCACAGGUAUUUGAUUGUGCAGUCCAGAAACCUCAAAAGGGGAAAAAGACAUGCACAGGAAAGGAAAAAUUGCAAAAUGUAGCCUCUUACGUCUUCGAAACAGCCAUGACGGAUGCAGCUCGCUGUGACCCCUGCCCAGAAGACCAAUAUCCCAACAAGGACAAGGACCACUGCAUUGCCAAGAAGAUCCACUUCCUUUCCUAUCAAGACACCCUGGGAUAUGCUUUAAUUUUUCUUACUCUUUUUCUCUGUGUGAUCACAUCUGUAGUCCUGGUAAUUUUUCUUAAGCAUCAUGACACACCGAUUGUCAAGGCCAACAACCAAGAUCUCACCUACAUCCUCCUGGUUUCUCUCCUGCUCUGCUUCUUCUGCUCCUUCCUCUUCAUUGGUCAACCCAGGAACCUCACCUGUCUCUUCCAACAAACUGCCUUUGCCAUUCUCUUUUCCCUUGCAGUUUCCUCUGUGUUAGCAAAAACUGUCACAGUGGUUCUGGCCUUCAUGGCCACCAAGCCUGGGAACAGGACAAGGAAACUCUUGGGAAAACCAUUGACCAACUUCAUUGUUAUCACCUGUCCCCUGGUCCAAGCAGUUCUUUGUGUCACCUGGCUGGUGACCUCUCCCCCAUUUCCUAACAUGGACUUCCACUCCUUGUUUGGAGAGAUAAUCUUGGAAUGUAAGGAAGGCUCAGCUUUAAUGUUUUAUGCUGUCCUCACCUACCUUGGUUUCCUAGCCCUUGUCAGUUUCACGGUGGCCUUUCUGGCUAGGAAAUUGCCUGAUAGUUUUAACGAAGCCAAAUUCAUUACUUUUAGCAUGCUGGUCUUUUGCAGUGUUUGGAUCACCUUCCUCCCCACUUACCUGAGCACCAAAGGGAAGUCCAUGGUGGCCGUGGAGAUCUUCUCCAUCUUGGCCUCCGGGGCUGGUCUCUUGGCUUGUAUCUUUUUUCCAAAAUGCUACAUUAUCCUAUUGAGGCCACAUCUGAAUUGUAGAGAGAAUAUAAUGAGGCACAAGAACUUCUGA